UGCUGGUCGUGGGAGAGCAAUAUACAUUGGCGAGCAUUGCGUGAGCAUAAACAUAGUUUAUUUGUUGGUUUCCGCAAGCAAUUGUUGCACCUACUGCUGUCAACGUUUAGCUGCUGCGACUUCAAUCUUUCUGCUGGCCUCUUGUUAUCGACAAAGAAAAAACAACGGAACUGGUGCAACGUAGAUGAGACGGCAGCAACCCAUCGUCAUCAUCAUCUGCCCCAUCGCCAUCAUACACUGGUACUCAAAGUAAUUCACGAUGGCAGGGCCAAUAGACACGAGGAAACGUUCGCGCGAGGAAGAACAGAACGAAUUCAUGCCACUGUCGAAACGGAUCAAUAAUCUGCACCUCAACAACAACCAACACAGUAUUGCGGGAGGCGGAGUGCUGCCGGAGCAGAUAGCGGCCGACCAUCAUCAUCUGCUGGGGGCGACAGGAUCGUGUGCAAUUAGCAUCCAUCACAACAACCAUCCUCAUCAUCUGCUCGGGGUGAUGGCUGGCAGCAGCUCCAGCAGUAGCAACAGCAGCAAUAGCAAUGCGAGCAGCAACGGGUCAUUCAGAAUGCCUGCCAACAGUGGAAGCAAUAGUCCUGCGUCGACCAUCUCGAUUAACGGCGAGCUGCUCGGCGAUUACUGUCCGGUGCUGAGCGCAGAGGAAAAUCCCCAUUACUUCACCAAAAAUAAGAUUCUGUACGAGCUGUACGUCGAGCGGAUGAGCCGGCUGCAGUGAGCUGUGAGUAGUUUUUAACACCAUAUUACCAUACUAACGUACGUAUUUUGUGACGAGAUCUUCACGCGGGGGUCUGCAUGUGAAAGGAUUAUUAUCGCUGCUUGGAAAACGAAACAUGGCAUGCGUUUGUGUCGCGGAAGCCUUAAUAAUAGCAAGCGGACAGCGUUUUUGAAGCUGCUGGCGAUUCUAAAUAAAAUCAAAAUCAUAAAUUAUUGAACCAA